AUGGAAACAAGUAUAGAUUUAUUAGAAUCGUCUGAAGUAAAAGCUCAUGUUUGUCAUACUGAUAUGAAUCAAACAAUGCAAGAUGAAAUAAUCUCUAUAUGUUUGAAAUUUUGGAGUUUAAAUCAACGAAGUUUAGAUACUACAGCAUAUAUUAAAAGAAAUUUGGAUAUAAAAUAUGGACCAGCAUGGCACUGUAUUAUAGGUGAUGAAUAUAACAGUUGUGUUACACAUGAUUCACAAUAUUUUCUCGAUUUCAAAUUUGAGAAGAAAUCAUUUAUGAUUUAUAAAACUAGUUUAUAA